GCGGACUUGCGCGCAAAUUGAUCGCCGUCCACCCGAUCAACUUAGUUGGUAGCAGACGUUUCAGUCUUCCGCUCACUUUCCGAAAGCGAACAUUACCGGUGCGGGAGAGGAAGAGGCGAUAAGCAGGAGCUCGCCCUGACAGUCUUGGCCCUCGGCCCCUGCAGCGAACGUUCUGAGUGUGGGUGUGUGUGUGUGUGCGCGCGCUUCCGAGUCUGCUGAGCUGACCUCAUCCAUCCAAUCCCGGUGGCCGGAGGGUGGCAUCAUCCGCCCUGCUCCGCCCCUCGCCUGAGGCCACCCCCAUCUCCAUAAUAAAGCGUCUCAGAUGGCCGAAGCAUUUGUGGAGUUGGGCGCAGAGGGAGUCAACCACGUCACCGAGCACUACUGGGACGACAUCCACAAUUUCGUCAAAGGCAAGAAACCCAGCGACAACAGUAACAACAACAACAACAAUAUUAACAACAACAACAACAACGACAAGUCUUCUCGUAGAGGCGACCGUGACGACCCGAAUUAUCAGCAGGAAACUAAGAGUACCACCACCUACAGCCAACGCAGUACCGGACGUAGGCACAGAAACGCUUUACCCUCACCCGAGCGUGAUCCCCGGCGCAGACGCAGCGAUAGUCUCGAGCGCGAAAGCCAGACGACCGACCGAGUGACGACGCAGUACGAGAACGAGCGUGACGACCCCGUGCGCCGCGUCGAUCCGCGCAUUAUCAAGCGUCACCAGGAGAGGAUGUCGACAUACCACGACGACCGCGCCAGGUCGCAGCAGCCACCACGUGGUCGCUACUACGACGACGACGAGAGCGACUACGACGACCGCGAUGGACGGCGAUACAAAACGAGUGGGAGAGGGUAUGAUGACAGGGAUGACCGUGAUUACCAUGACAGAGAGGUAAUUGAGACGGAGCGGUAUCGGGGUCCCGCAAGAGACGCCCCGCCCCGCCGCAUGGACAGCUACGGCACCCGCGCCUCCGCCUACGACGGCCCCUACGGCGCCGGCGCAAUAGCACCCUACCGCCGCUCCCAAGGCGACCUAACCGAAGCCACAAACCGGCGCUCCCGUUCCCGCGGCCGCCGUGACCGAGACCGCGACGACUACGACGACGAGGACGACUACUCCGACCGCUCCCGCUCCCACGACCGCUCCCACGACCGCGAGCGGGGCGAGAAAGACGGCUGGCGCGAAAAGCUGGACGAGCACUUCGACACCUCGCUCCAAGGCCUGGGCGUCGGGAUCGCGGGCGCUGUGGUCGGAGGACUGGCGGGGCGAGAGUUUGGCGCGCAUCGGCGGGACAAGCAUAAGAACCGCGAUGUGCUGAUUGGCGCGGUGAUUGGCGGGUUGGGGGCCAACUUGGCGGAGAACAAGUGGCAGCAGUAUCGGGAUAAGAAGGUGGAUCGGGAGGAGGAGCGAUGGGAGCAGAGGUAUGAUGGGAGGAGUCGGAGUGCGAUGAGUGUGCUCGCCGACAUGUCAAAGUGA